AUGUGGCUCAGGGUACUCACAGUUUUCUUUCUCUUUGUAGCAGGUGUUUGUUCGGGGCUGAAGGUGACCGUGCCUUCACACACUGUCCAUGGCAUCAGGGGACAGGCCCUCUACCUCCCUGUGCACUAUGGCUUCCACACUCCAGCAUCUGGCAUCCAGAUCAUUUGGCUGUUUGAGCGACCACACACAAUGCCCAAAUACUUGCUGGGCUCUGUGAACGAGUCUGUCGUUCCCGACUUGGAAUACCAACACAAGUUCACCAUGAUGCCACCCAAUGCUUCUCUCCUCAUCAAUCCGCUGCAGUUCACUGAUGAGGGCAAUUACAUUGUGAAGGUCAACAUCCAGGGAAAUGGAACUCUCUCCUCAAGUCAGAAGAUACAAGUCACCGUUGAUGAUCCCGUCAUGAAACCAGUGGUUCAGUCACAUCCCGAUUCUGGGGCUGUGGAGUAUGUGGGCAACAUUACCUUGACCUGCCAGGUGAAAGGGGGUACCAGGCUAGUUUACCAGUGGCGAAAAAACGGGAAACCUGUUUGCAUCAACUCCAGCCAUUCAUUUUCUCCUCAAAACAACACCCUUUGGAUUGUUCCAGUGACAAAGGAGGACACUGGAAACUAUAGCUGCCUUGUGUCAAACCCUGUCAGUGAGAUGGAAAGUGACAUCAUUAUGCCUACCAUAUAUUAUGGACCUUACGGACUUCAAGUUAAUUCUGAUAAAGGGCAAAAGUUGGGAGAAGUGUUCACUGUUGACCUAGGUGAAGCCAUCCUAUUUGAUUGCUCUGCUGACUCUUAUCCCCCCAACACCUACUCCUGGAUCCAAAGAUCUGACAAUACAACAUAUGUCAUUAAACAUGGGCCUCGUCUAGAAGUCACAUCUGAGAAAGUGGCCCAGAAGACUGCUGACUAUGUGUGCUGUGCUUACAACAACAUGACCGGAAGGCGAGAUGAAGCUCGCUUCACUGUCGUCAUCACUUCCGUAGGACUGGAGAAGCUUGCACAAAAAGGAAAAUCACUGUCCCCAUUAGCAAGCAUAACUGGAAUAUCACUGUUUUUGAUUAUAUCCAUGUGUCUUCUUUUUCUGUGGAAAAAAUACCAACCUUACAAAGACAAGAGUCAGAAUACAGAAAAGCUCAAACCUUUUCAGGCCAUGAAGAUGCUCUGGGUGACUUCGGAAUAUACGAAUUUGUGGCUUUUCCAGAUGCAUCUGGUAUUCCCAGGAUGCCGAAAAGGUCCGGCCCAGCCCCUGACGGUGUGA